AACCAGCUCUGGGAGUGAGGAGAGCUCUGUCUCCCUUUGUGACGGGAGGAAGAGGUCAUCACAGGCAUAUAUAGAGCCAGUCAGAAGCGUUCCAGUGCUUCUGACACACCAUGACCAGGAGACAGAACUGGACACCAGACCCUAGCCUUUUGUGGGUCCUGUUCCUGUGUGCCCACACCUUCUCCCAUUUGGCGAGAGCCACACCUAUACCUCCGGCCAUCACAGCUGCUACCGUCUCAGCGGGGAUCACAAAGGACCCCUCCCUGUCUCACCCCUCAACGCUCCCAACAGCUAAGUGGUGCCCAGCAUGGGAGAUCUGGCCAGAAGUGGAAGUCUCACUAAAUGGAACGCUGACUUUAUCCUGUACCGCCUGCAGUCGCUUCCACCACUUCAGCAUUCUCUACUGGCUGGGCAAUGGUUCCUUCAUCGAGCACCUCCCGGGCCGGCUGCGGGAGGGCAGCACCAGCUGGGAGCGCAGGGGCACCGUCACUCAGCUGAGGAAGGCCUUGGUGCUGGAGGAGCUGAGCCCUGCCCUGAGCAGCAGCAACUUCUCUUGUGUUUUCGUGGAUCCUGAGCGCACUGUCCAGCAUCACAUCGUCCCGGCCCAUCUCUUGGCUGGGUUGAGGACAGUCAUGCCCCCUACUCAAGAAGCCCUCGAGAGGGUCCCUUCUGCAUCAUCAUCCUGACAGGUGAACUCUGAAGCCUGGUUGAAGCUCUUCUUUUAGGUCAAGGCUCUCUGUUGGCUCAGGCCACAUUCUGUCAACUUUUGCUCACUUCAUGUCACAUUUUGGUAAUUCUUGUAACAUUUCAAACUUUUUCAUCAUUGUUAUAUCUUAGAUGUUACUAUUGUAAUUGUUUUGGGGGGCGCCAUGAACCAAGCCCAUAUAAGAUGGUGAACUUAAUUGAUGUGUUCUGUUUUUCUGAUUGGCUGUUCCCCAUCUCUCUCCCUCUCCUUGGGCCUCCCUAUUCCCUGAGACACAAAAAUACUGAAAUUAGGUAAAUUAAAAAGCCGACAGUGGCCCCUAAGUGUUCUAGUGAAAGGGAGUCACCUGUCUCUCACUUUAAAUCAAAGACUAGAAAUGAUUCAGCUUAGUGAGGAAGGUAUGUUGAAAGCCGAGAUAGGCUGCAAGCGAGGCCUUCCUCUUGCACCAAAUAGCCAAGUUGUGAAUGCAAAGGAAAAAUUCUUGAAGGAAACUAAACGUGCUACUCCAGUGAACACAUUAAGAAAACAAUUCUUAAAGAGCCUUAUUGCUGAUAUGGAGAAAGUUUUAGACCACUAAACCAGCCACAUUCCUUUAAGCCAUAACCUAAUCCAGAGCAAGACCCUAACUCGCUUCAUUUCUAUGAAGGCUGAGGGAGGUGCGGAGGCUGCAAAAGAAAAGUUGGAAGCUAGGAAGGGUUGGUUCAUAUUUAAGGAAAGAAACUGUCUCCAUAGCAUAAAAGUGCAAGAUGAAGCAGCCAGUGCUGAUGUGGAAGCUACAGCAAGUUCUCCAGAAGAUCUGGCUAAGAUUAAUGAAGGUGGCUACACUAAACAACAGAUUCACUGUAGGAGAAACAGCCUUCUGUUGGAAGAAGAUGCCAUCUAGGAUUUUCACAGCUAGAGAGAAGUCAAUGUCUGGCUUCAGAGCUUCAAAAGGCAGGCUGAUCCCUGGCGGAUGUCGCUCAGUUGGUUGAGUGUCAUCCUGUUCCCCAAGAGGCCACCUAUUUCAUUCCCAGUCAG